AGCGUUAACGAGAGCUGAGCGAGCAAACGAGCUGCGAGAAAUUCAAAGAAGAAGAAGAAAAUAAAGACUAGAAAGAGGAACAUAGGGAGGGAAGGAAGGUUGGAGUUUUUGUGUGCUGUUGUGGCUGCUUGGACAAGAAAUCCUCCGAGUCAACUCGGACGAGUUGCCUCAUCCUGGGACUCGGUCCCCUUGGUUACCACCUAGGACCCACACGAAUUUUUUAUUUUAUUCCGACCAAGGGUUCUGUUUUUCGUCCCGUUCAGAUCUCGCAUAGAUUGCAGCGAGUUCGAAUCCGAAGCUCAGCUCAAUCAACGUUGUUCAAUUUCAUUCCCUUGUUUGAAGGUAUUUUUCAUUUUUCAUUUUUUAUGUAAAGUAAUUGAAUCAUUGAUUGUAUCAAGUUAUUGUGGAGGUUUCUCAUCAAAAUGCUCAUUCAUUAUUCUUUCUAAUGCUUGUUAAUUGCCUGUGUAUGUAAGGCUUUGUAGAAAUAAUGGCCGGUAAAUGUUCAAAAACUGAAAACUUAGUUAACUUUUGCAUUUGUUUUUACUUUUUUGAGGUGGAAUGAAUCUAGUCAUCUUUCCGUGUGAUUCAUGUAUGUAAGCUUGUAUGUGGCGGUGAGUUCUUACGCGCUUUGAAUUUUGAUUUAACCUUUAUAUUAGACAGUCCUGUUCAGACCCAGAUGACUGUGGUAUUCCAUGGGAAACAGAGCAUGGGGGAGAGACAACCUAGAGGGAGGAGACGUGUCUUUGUGCAAACCGAAAAGGGGUGUGUCCUGGGCAUGGAAUUGGAUCGUCUUGACAAUGCAAAUACUGUGAAGAGGAAAUUGUGUCUUGCACUCAAUGUCCCCAUAGAAGAGACUUCACUAACUUUUGGGGAUAUUGUAUUGAUGAAUGACCUUAGCACCGUUAGGAAUGAUUCCCCCCUUCUCCUCACAAGGAAUCUUUUGCACAGAAGCUCAUCCGCUCCUUGCCUGUCCCUCACUGGAAGGGAUAUCCAGCAAAGGGACAAGAGUGGUCCUAUUGAGAUCUUAGGGCAAUCGAGUCGUCUUGAUAGAAUGAAACAUAUGGUCAAGGACAUUAUGAAGGCGGUUAUGAUGGGGAUAGAUCCGGUUCCUGUUCAUAGUAGUGGGCUUGGAGGUGCAUACUAUUUCCGGAAUAGCAGGGGUGAUAGGGUUGCAAUUUCCAUACCCAACACAAUUGUGAAACCAACAGAUGAGGAGCCUUUUGCCCCAAACAACCCAAAAGUCCGUUUUGGUAAAGCUCUUGGACAACCAGGAGUGAGACGUUCAGUUCGGCUAGGGGAGACAGGGUUCAGGGAAGUUGCAGCUUAUCUUCUUGACCAUGAUCAAUUUGCAAAUGUGCCUCCUACUGCCUUGGUUAAGAUUACUCACUCGAUCUUCAAUGUCAAUGAUGGGGUCAGUGGUAACAAUUUCUCGAGGAAGAGGCUGGUUAACAAGAUUGCAUCUUUACAGCAGUUCAUUCCUCAUGAUUUUGAUGCCAGGGAUCGUGGGACAUCUAGCUUCCCAGUUGCUUCUGUGCAUCGGAUAGGGAUAUUAGACAUUAGGAUCCUAAACACGGAUAGACAUGGUGGGAACUUGUUAGUUAGAAAAAUUGAUGAUGGCUCUGGGACUUUUGGUCAGGUGGAGUUAAUUCCUAUUGAUCAUGGGCUUUGCCUGCCAGAAACUUUGGAGGACCCGUCCUUCGAGUGGCUUUAUUGGCGUCAGUCUUCAAUUCCAUUUUCUGAGGCUGAGCUUGCCUACAUUCGUAAACUUGAACCUUUUCGAGAUUGUGACAUGCUCAGAAUGGAACUGCCCAUGAUUCGAGAGGCUUGUCUCAGAGUCUUGGCACUCUGCACCAUUUUCCUCAAGGAGGCUGCUGCUUUUGGUCUGUGUCUUACUGAAAUCGGUGGGAUGAUGAGUAGGAAGUUCCCUGGUGGUAAGGAGGAACCCAGUGAACUUGAGGUUGUUUGUUUGGAGGCGAGGAAGAUGUUGUUAGAGAGGGAGGAACUGUCUCCUAGAACUGAGUUGGGAGAUGAUGAAGCCCUGUUUGAUAUAUAUUAUGAUGAAGUUGGAUCAGAUAUCACUCCGAAGAUGGCUAUGGAUGAUCCUCUAACCAGAGAACCUUUUCAGCCUGCACUUGGGAGGGAGGAACUGUCUCCUAGGACUGUGUUGGGAGAUGAUAAAUUCCUGUUUGAUAUGACUGAAUAUGAAUGGACAUUGUUUCUGGAGAUGUUUCAAGAGCUGCUUAUCCGGCAUUUGCCAAGAGGAAAUCCAUAACCUUAGGUUAGAGGCAGAGACAGAGGCUUGGUACUUCGUUUGAAGUUGAGCAAUACAGAUGACUAUAGGAUGAGAAGAAUAAGGCUAUAUAGGUUUCGGGGAACGAAGGAUUGUUAGCAUAGUUCUGGUUUAUGAGAUUUGGAUGAGUGCUUUAGUUCAAAGCGAGGGUUGGAAGAACUGUUGUAAUUGUGCUUGACAGAAGUGGUGAGCCGAUUAGUUGUUUGUAUUUUGAUAUUAUGAUUUCAUUUCCUUUAUUUCCCUUUUUAUUUAUCAUUCCUCUUUGAAACUUGUAAGUUUAUUUUCUGGGAAACCCCGUAGCUCUCUGGCUGG